AUGUCUUACAUAAUAUUGUCAAUAGAAACUAUGUGUAUCAUUAAGAUGCAAUAAUUUCUUGGGAUAUUGAGCUGCCACGAAUCUUUGACUUAAUUAUUUUAUUCCAUAAUUAUAGGGAGUAAGCACGUGCAUACAUACAUUACACCAUUAAUUAAAAAUUAACACAUAAUUAUACUCUUGAUGAAGAGUAUAUAUACACAUAUUUAUAUCUAUCUUAGUCAACUGUUCAUUAUUAGAUCGGAAUGAAUUUAUUCUCGUAAUAGGGCAUAUGAUAGUAAAGAUGUACUGGAACAGAGCUAUUUUUCUUCAUUGUCUUUUCUCUUUGGCCAUUUCUUCACUAUCUUUCCACCAAAUCAACGGCUACGAUUGGCGAGAUCCUCUCGGCAACAUCACCAUCCGUUGGGACAUUAUCUCACCCACUCCAGACGGCUACGUGGCAGUGGUUAAUAUCACCAAUUACCAGAAGUAUCGGAAGGUGGAUGCACCCGGUUGGAAGCUGAGCUGGAGGUGGGCCCACAAAGAGAUCAUAUGGACAACUAUCGGGGCUCGCGUAGCGGAUCAAGGCAACUGUAGGCGGUUCAAGAAGAAUGUGCCAACUUCGUGUGCUAAGGCACCCACAAUUUUUGAUCUGACGGCUAAUGAUGAUGAGGUUAAACAGAAUCAGAAGAUCGACGGUUGUUGUAAGGGAGGGGUUCUACUCUCCCGAGUCCAGAGCUACCAUAACUCAACGACGGCGUUUCAGAUAGCCGUGGGUGGCGAGGGUAGUAGCAACAUCACUUGGCGCCUCCCCACCAACUACACAUUUAGGACGCCACAUGGCGCCUAUUCCUGCUCACGUGCCCGUGUUGUGCCUAACACCAGAUUCAUCAGUGCUGACCGAAGGCGGAUCACCCAAGCCAUGAAGACUUGGAAGGUGGAAUGCAGCUACAAACCACCCUCCCAAUUCAAGGACGUGCCAAAUCAGUGUUGUGUCUCUUUAUCCUCUGCUCUUGGGGUCAACACUUCUUGCCCAAUUUGUUCAUGCAGCUGCCCAAAUCAGAAUCAUUCAUGCUCUACAAAAAGGCAUGAUAGAUUAGUGUCGAAAAUAGAGUGUACGAAACACAUGUGCCCUGUAAACAUCAACUGGCAAGUGAUAAAUCAUCAAAGAAAGGUUCGAGUCACCAUAUCCAAUCUAAAUUACGCCAAAAACUAUCAAGAUUGGAUCAUGUUGGCUGAGCAUCCAGCUUUUGAUAACUCUACAACACUCCUUCAUGCUAAUCAUAAGUUCUUAUCCCCUAAGUCUUACAGUAACAAAAUGGAGGUAGUAUGGGGAAGGAGAGGCUACAAUGAUGCAUUGACACCAUUUGGGAAGAAGGGUUCAAGCAUUAAGAUGGUUAUGGUUUUCAAAAGGUACAAAGCUGGUCAUCAUGAUCGCGUAGCAACGGCAGAUUGGAAGAAUCCUCCAGAUGCAAUCUUUUUUAAUGGGGAUCUCUGUGUAAUCCCUAAUACCACUCAAUUCUAGUACAAGGCACCCCUAGUAUAAUAUACGAGUGCAAACUUUGGAAGGAGUUAUUAUUAUUAAUUAGUAUAUGUUAGUUUUGUUAGAAUUCUAUGAUAUUCAUAAAACAUAAAAAUAUAAACCAUGAGAUCAAUUUAUAUAUCUUUAUAUAUUAAAAGUGCCUAUCUAACGGCAUUUCUUGGUUUAACAUUCUUGGUUUAACAGAAUAUACUUAAAAAUAAAAGAAUAUUCUGUUAAAUUUAACGAUUAGGUUUGAUCUCCCAUUAAAAAAUAAACCCAAUAAUUAAACCCAAAAAAUUAAACAAUCUUUUAAAUAUUAAUAAUCUCUUUUUAAAUUAAAAAAAUCAUCUUAGCCACAUAUCUCUCUAACAAACUUAUUUUUAUUUAUUUUUUAAAAAAGAAAAAUACAGAUAAAAUAUCUAGAAAAGAUAAUAUAAAAGAAGAUUGAUUGUGUUGGCUUAGAGAUUUUUGGGCUUGAGCUUAAAAAAAUAAUAAAAAAAAAAGAUGAAAUGGGCUGUAAUUAGUAUUUACCUUAUAUGUUUGUGCUUAUUUUUAGUUUUAUUUUUAAUUUUACCACCAAGAGGAGAAGGUUGAAAAAUAUUAGAAUAUGAAAAUAUUAUUGGGGCUUAUUAGUAAUUUGCAAAGAAUGUGAAAGUCUAUAAAUAUAUAGUUGUGUAGCUAUUAUUAGAUAUGAAAUGAGAUAAUAGAACUUUUUUCAAUUAGAAGAUUAAUGUACAUUUUACUAUUAAUAACAUACAUUAUUAUAACGUAACUAUGUUUUACUUACUAAAUAUACUGACACAUAUUUUAUUUUUAUAAAACAAAUCGUUCAAAUAAUUAUACUAUUUUAAUUAUUAAUUAAAAUAAAAAACUAAAAUAUUAAAUAAAACUAACACUACGUGGCUUGGCACGUAACAAUCACCUAGUUUAUAUAUAUAUAUAUAAAAAAAAAAAAUUGUGUUUAAUGUGAUUAAAUUUUAUCAAAAAAAAAAAAAAGAAAGGA